AUGGCACUGGCGUGUCCUUGCCCAAUCGCAAAAAAAAGAUCACCCAGGAGUAAUCGUAUGGUGGACGCGUUAAAACAAACGGCACAUCACUAUCAUCAAAUCGGUGAUGACUUUGAGAUGCAUUCACGAAACGACAUGGAGCCGGUCGCGGAGAGCUUGUACUCUUUCAAAGGCACCAUCCAGACUGCUCCUGAACAAAAGGAACAAUCAGAGAUCCUAUGCACUAUGCUUCCCAAUCCUCGAAACAAAAUUCAAGCGAUCCAGAAAUAUAGGGAGAACGAGUGUAAACUGUCACAUGCCGACGCUGAACGAAUAAAGCGACGCGUUGAUUCGACGAGUUAUGCGAUUGAGGACGUACGGGUGACGAUGCACACGUAUCUGAAGCGACAAGCAGACUUCUACCAGAAAAUGGCUAACACUCUCAACGAAAUGGCGAAGAUGUACGAGUUCUGA